AUGGAGGAAGAAGUGAAUGACAGGAGUAAAACGGCUGAGAACGAACGCAAGAGGCACAUAACGACCUCGAAGACUCUUGAAGCUUCUGAGGAUGAACUUGCCAAAGUCAAGGCUGACUUAACAAUAACUACCCGUGAGAGGGAUAACGUUUCGGCGGGUCUACUGGCCGCGGCUGUGCAUGAAAAGGGAGUGGCAGAAUAUGCCCGUGAUGAAGCCCAAAGGGCAAAGCAAGAGGCUGAGUUUGCUAGGAACGAGGCGGAGGUCGCCAAGGAAACGGCCGAGGAGGAUGGUUACAAUGCGGAGAGCAUAUUCUACCCGGCGGCCAUCCGCGAGGCCACUUCUACCAGCCCUGCAGUUACGGAUGAUCAACCCGGGGAAGAGGUCACCCCGUCGGAGGACUUACAGGCCAGCGGCUCCUCCAGCAAGGCGCCCAAAAAGGGAGAACUUCAGGAGGUGAUAGUGAUAUCCCAGCAUACGGAUCCUGAGGCACCUAAAGAGGUUACUGAGCCUGUGGUUGGCAUUCAGGUGUCUAGUACAGAGGAGCCAGCCACACUUGCCCAGCAGCCACAGGCCAUUCCCCUUGCUGUGAUCCCUCAGAGUACCAGUGCUGACCCUGUUCAGCCCUCCCCAGAGGGGACCAUCCUUCCGGGCGUCGAAGCCGAUCCCGUACCUUCUUCUCAGGACGUGACCGACGAAAAGGCAGAAAAGUAG